CUGCCUUCAAAACCUCUGUACAUCUUCUUAUCUUACAUUUAAUCAACAGCCUGUCGCAAGUUCGCGUCCGAGCGAUAGUAGGCGCUGGUUGCAGUGCUGUGCAUGUGUCCACAUUAGCUCAUCAAGAUGAACACAUCGAUCGUGCUGGACCAGCCUGCCAAUGUCAGCCUGACGAAUCUCGAUAUCGUGAGCGGGCGGGUCGUAAUCAGGACGCCGAGAGCAACUGAUGUCGAGUCAAUCCUCGUCAAGCUCGAAGGCGAGAGCCGAACGAGGUUAAUGUCAUCACCCGGGCCGAAUGGCGAACGACCAAAACCGCAAAUGGAAUAUCACAAGCUCCUCUACAAGAUCCAACAAGUCUUCCCACCGAGCGAGGUCGUCGAGAGCCGCACGUCACUAGCGGCUAAGGCUGCCUAUACUCUGCCACCAGGACAUCACGAAUACACGUUCUCGUUCAAGCUUCCCUUCAACAACAUUUGCUCAACAGACAGGAGUCAGAUCCCCGUCGUGAUCGGCUUUGAGGUCGCUCGACCUGCUAGCCACCAUGUUAAGAAGACACUACCACCGACCUUGAGCGGAUUCCCUGGCGAGGCCGAGAUUCGCUAUUUCGUCAAAGUCACUGUCAACCGCAAGUCGUUCUUCAAGGAGAACCCACGAGCAUAUGCACCUUUUAAUUUCUUCCCGAUCGAACCACCACGGCCACAACCCACGGGCUCCGAAUUGUUUGCCCGGCAGAAGCAUCAGUUUCAAGCUUUCACCGAAGUUGAGCCAAGCGGGAAAUCCAAGGUCAAAAAUCUGUUCAGUCGAAAAGGAAGCGAUGGUCUGGGCGCGGCAGGAGAACCGCCAUCCAUCAGUGUAGACAUACGUCUACCGCAGCCAGCGAUUCUAACUUGCAACAGUGACAUACCUCUCCGCAUCGUCCUCCAGAGGCUCAACGCCUCGCAGGAAUUUGUGUAUCUAUCAUCUCUGCAAGUCGCACUCGUCGGCAUUACCAAGAUCCGUGCGCACGACUUCAUACGCCGGGAGAACAACAGCUGGGUCAUCAUGAGCAAAAGCAAUAUGGGGCUCCUCGUAGCCUCAGCCUCCGAUACCCAGGAUCAGGAGAUCGUCAUCGACGAUAAACUCUGGCGUGGAUUACCGCUGCCGAAUAUCGUUGCGCCUACCUUCGACACAUGUAACAUCGCCCGCGCAUACGAGCUUGAAGUCCGCAUCGGUUUGACAUAUUCAGGAAAUGGAUCGUCCUCCGCCGGCACCAAGCCUCAGCUAGUCGUGCUACCCCUGCGCCUCGACGUCCAAGUCUUCUCGGGCAUCGCACCACCCGCCGAAGUCCUCGCCCGCAUGGCCGCCGCCGAAGCCGGGAAAGCACAACCGGCAGCGGCCAUCCGUCGACCUCACCGCAAACCCGUCCCUGCGCCUCCAGUACCGUCCGCCAGCAGCGCCGGCGCCGCCACCGCCGCUCCAGACCCAGUCGCGGACAAACUCGAACUGGAAGCACGGCGCAACUCAGGCUUCGGAAUGAACCAAGUGCCGAUCGACGAGGAGCCGCAGGUAUCCCAUCACCACGGCGACCCGGAUGAAUAUGGCGAUGCGCCGCCGAGCUACGAGGAUGCAAUUGCAUCAGAUCUGCCGCCGGUACAGGCACCUCGUCCGCAAUAUGCUCCACCGCCGAUGGUAGAGGACGGUGAGUUAUGCACUCCCUCAGUGGACAUGUCUGACCCUUGGAGAAGCCCAAGUGAUGGGUGUUGUGGCUGACUGCUUUUGACAGAUGUCUUGAGAGAUGAGAAAGGUAAAUGGACAGGAUGAGGUCGCGGUGGAUUCUAACGAGAGUGGCAUUGUUGGGUGUCAGUACCAUGAUGAACUGCGUCACAAUACACGGUUGUCCCGCUCGACAAGAAUGGACCACACACAUCUGGCCUACGAGUUUCAAGAUUACAGUACAAUGACAGUGAUACAAUGUUUACUCUACACAUCAAAAGUAUUAACACAUACACACAACUCCAUGCUAAAACAUUGCUUUCGAAUCUCGGCCCGUGCAAAAUUUAAGGUGCAGUUCUGCCCAAUUUGCGCUCGCUAACGCCCGAC